GCGAGACAGACAAGAAGACAUCUGCUAGCAGGCCAUACCCUGCCCAUCUCGCCAUCAUGAGGAACAGGGCGACCCAGCAUCUGAGCAAGCCGAAAGUCCGGCAAUCAUGGAGCAAAUGGAACCUAUAUAACAUGAAGCGGUUCUCCAUCAAGAACCCCAUGUUCCGAACUCAUUUCCAGCAAAAAUGGGAUGCCAAGUCGAUGGCCCGUGGAUAUCAUGGUGAACAGGUCUCCGAAAAGCACUGGGUGCGCAUGUUUUCUCCCCGCAUUCGCAGCGUGAUGCCCAUGGAUCCCGCCAAACUGGCCAAAGACGAUGGUUCUGCCUUGUCCGCCGGUCGUGGUAUGGGUGUUGAGCCGCGGCCUGAUCCAGCCGCGUACUCUAAAGUGUCGAGGCUCGAGAGAGUCGAGACCGAUCAACUGGACAGACCUUUUCCCUAUACACAGGCGACUUUUGCUCCCCUAGAGCGCCGGCUGGAUGUGGCCGUCUUCCGGGCUAUGUUCGCCAGCAGUACAAGGCAGGCGCGGCAAUUUGUCAUUCAUGGAGCCGUCACGGUCAAUGGAAAGAAGAUGAGAUACCCCGGUUACCUGCUCAACCCUGGUGAUCUGUUCCAGGUCGAGACCGACCGUGUCAUGUUUGCCACCGGUGCUCCGAAGAACAAGUACGACCGGCGCGCGGCCCGUGUUGCUGAGAAGGAAGCGGAGAAGGCGACGGAAAAGAAGGCCGAGGAAGCCGAGGAAGAGGGUGAGGCCAAAGAGGAGGAUAAGCAGGAGGAUAAGCAAGAGGUCCAGUCCCCGCGCCAGACCUUGCAGGCUCUGCUGUCUCAGGCCAAGAACAUCAUGGCCGACAGCAAGUCGGUGCUUCCGGCCAAGCGGAAGCAGGAGCUGCGUGGAUUCCAGAAGGCCGUCCGUCGCGUGCUGUCUCGUUCUGAUUCAAACGUUCUCGCCGACAACCUGGAGGCUCAGUUUUCCGAGCUGACUCUGCUGCUCAAGGCCAAGAAGGUAGAGAAGAAGGAAAGACAAGAUACCACAGCUGCCAACUCCGAGAAGUCCACCGACACCAAGGCCGCUGCUGAGGCAGACAGCGAGACUCAGCCCGGCGAUAAGCUGUCCGAGGCAUUCCGCCAGGCUGCUGAGAAUCCCGAACAGGAGGUGGACACGUCCGAGCUGACCGAUGAGGAGUUCCAGAUUCUCCGUCGUGCCCUUGUCCAGAUGCGUGAUAACCCGAUCGACCAUUCGAAGCCGUACGCUACGCCCUGGCGGCCGCGGGACUUCAUGAGCGCUUUUGCCACGAUCCCUCGCUACUUGGAGGUGCACCCUAAGGCUUGUGCGGCCGUUUACCUGCGCCACCCCGUGGUUCGUCCGGGCUUGUCGGAGGUGCCGUCGCCCUUCAGUCCUGCGACUGGAGCGCUGGCAUACCACUGGUACCUGAGACGGCGGUAGACGCAUGAGAAAUGCUUGUACUAAUUAGUUGCCCCCAUCUGUUUUUGUUCUUUGGGUUUAUUUUCGCUGUUCUGCGGGCAUGUUCCACAGUCUUAUUGUAUUACUGGGUCGCUGGUUUGAUUGUUUCUUAGAUCUUUCUCUCUGCAUUGUCGGUGUGCUCACCGUGUAUCUUUAUAUCUAUCUGUCUGGUCCUCUGUUGAUAGGAGAGGGUCAAUAUCAUGUUGCAGCGGUGUUGGAGCAGGAUGAUCACAAAUGUAAAUCACCAAUGAAAUAUAUCCUCAC